GGGUUGGAAAAAAAAAGCGCUGCCGGCUGUAGCUUGACUGGAGGAUCUCUCUGCCUGGUGAGACAUUUACAUCCUAACGCUCAUGUGGUCACAUCCAGCAUCGCUCGGCUUCCCCUGAUCACUGGCCCGACUCCAGGAGCUUCAGACAGAACGGACAGAUAGCCGAGAAAGACAGGCUCUAUGUAUGUGUGCUGGAGAGGGAUUAGAGAGUUUGUAAAUAGGAAGUAAAAAAGAAGAGGCUGCAGAGCAGAGCAGAGGAAGACGCAGGUGGGAAGAUAAGGAGUGAGAAAGUAAUCCAGAAGAAACUGUGGUGAAAAAGGUUGAUUACACUUUAUAAAAUCUACCAACAUGGCAGCCAUGGAAGCACUGGAGUUUGGAAGUGCCCAGCUGGAGCCUCAAACUCUCACUGAGAUCUCUGAUGAUGAGGUUAACCUUCCACCUUCAGAUGAUGAAGACAACGCCCUUGCCGCAGCCAAGAAAGAACUGUCCACAAUGGGCACAGAAGGGGACGCCGCCGAGGACAAAGAUGAUGGCGUUAAAGCUGAUCCACAGGUUAACGGGGUCAUGGUGCUCUCACUGCUUGACAAGAUCAUUGGGGCAGUGGACCAGAUCCAGCAGACCCAGAGCGGGCUGGAGGCCAGGCAGCAGGAGAUGGAGCGUACGGUGACCAGCAUCCAAGGCGAGCUCACAAAACUCACCAAGAGCCACAGCACCACAUCCAACAGUGUCAACAAGAUGAUGGAAAAGGUGCGCAAGGUGAGCGUCAAUGUCAAGACAGUGCGAGCCACGCUGGAGAAGCAAGGAGGCCAGAUCAAGAAGCUGGAGAACAACGAGGCGGAGCUGCUCAAGAGACGCAACUUCAAAGUCAUGAUUUAUCAGGAUGAAGUGAAAGUUCCCUCGAAACUCAACAUUUCAAAAUCCAUGAAGGUUUCCGAGUCUGUGUCGGGAAGCAGAGGAGGCAGUCUGCUCGAGCUCAAAGAAGCUGUGGAAGAGCCCGGAGAAGAGGGAGAAGAAGGAGAAAAGGCAGACAAGCCUCACGUGGACCUCUCAUCGGACGAAGAGGGUUUGGAGAUCGAGGAGGCCAUGGAGGAGACUCGUGCCGAACGCAUCAAGCGCAGCAGCCUGCAGCGUGUACAAAACCUGAAAACUGUUUUCUCAAAGGAGAAGAUGGAUAAGACCAGAGCAAAGACCAAAGAGAACCUGGAGAAGACCAGACAAAAAACCAAGGAGAACCUUGAGAAGACCAAGCAGAAGACAAAGGAGAACCUGGAAAAGACAAGGCAAAGAACCAAGGAGAAUUUAGAAAAGACCAAGCAGAAGACCAAGGAAAACCUGGAGAAGACCCGCCACAACAUUGAGAAGAAGAUGGGAAAACUCGGGACACGCAUGAGCGUCAACCCUGAGCGCAAGCAGAAGAUGAAGACAUCCAGCGACAAGAUGAAGAAAGCCUUCACACCAGACCAUGUGGUUUAUGCCCGGUCCAAGACCGCCGUGUACAAAGUGCCCCCCUUCACCUUCCACGUCAAAAAGAUUCGCGAGGGUGCUGUUGAAGUGGUUCAAGGCACUGAGAUGGUCGAGGUGUCACAGGAUCCCGAGCCCUUCAGUGAAGUGGACGCGGAGGCUGAGGAAGGAGGGGUGGAGGUGGAGAUGGAAAUGAUGAAUGGAGGUGGUGAUGAGGAAGAGGCUGAUGAGGAUGAAGAGGAGGACAGCCACGAUGCUUUGCAGGAGCACGAAGACAGAGACAGAGAUAGCGAUUAAAGAUAUAAAGCAGAUGCUAACAAGAUCAUUGUUAGCAUUAAGAUUAAGAUACCACAGAAAAUUAUGAGGCUAAUUACAACCUGGGUAUCAUUAUUAUUAUUAUUAUUUUGAUUUUGGCCAUGAUUCCUGCCAAUUAAGACAACAUUGUGUUCACAAAAAUGCUUUCUGGGAACAUGUAAUUCUCAGAUUAUCCGACAGGUGGUGCCCAAGACAAUAAUUCAGCCUAAAAAAAGUGAGCAUUCAAACAGAUUGUAAUCAUUCUCUGCAGCAAAACAGAACAAUUAUAAACACAACCAAACUAAGUCAGAGCUUUUGCAGGAGGCCGGUGAUGUCUUUAACUGACCUUUGGCUCUGUUUGCAUCUCACCUACAUGUCUGCCUGCUUCAAAGCUCCACUGGCCCUGAUUGUUCUGCACUCACAGUCAGAGUCAGUCUUUGUGUUAGGAUUUUUAAAAGUAGCACCUGAGAACAGAGAGGAAACCCUGGAGCUAUAACCAUGAAGAGUGCUAACACAUUUGGCUUUUCAGCUCUAUAAGGUGAUCAUCUACAGAGGCCCCUCCCCCAAAAGGUCCUUUUUAUGGACCACGUGCUAAAGGCUGCGCUGUUAUUAAGACUACAACAAGUUAUAUUUUUUCCUUUAUUUGAUUACACAUUAUGGCUUAAGAAUCACUAUCCAAAGGAAUAUGUGACAUUCCUCUCAGAUUUCCAAAGGUGGAGAUGAUCAUGAGCAAAGACCAGGAUAAAGGGGAGAAGAUGAAAGUUUGUUGUGAGCAGGGCUGAAUUAUUCUUAGAAAGUGUCCCUUUUUCCUUUGUCUGACUCACAGCUGGAGAAAUGUUUGUUUGGCUGCAGAUUCCCGACUGAUAAAUGAUAAAUUCACAGAGUAAAUAUUCACGCUUAUCCAGAAAUAUCAAGUAUCACACAUGCUAUGCUAUUCCUUCCACCGUCUCUACUUACUAAUGUUAUAGUAUUCUGCUUAAUUUACUCUUUACUUAGAAGCACAAUGAUGUCUGUUACCAAGUUAUUGUUGAGUAUUUGUGUAUUUGUAUGUGAUCACAUUUUAUAUCAGGCUAAUGUUCUUACUGCUGACAGACUGUAGUAGACUCGCUGUGUCUUUGUUGUUUUUACAGAACAUUGUACGGCCAUUUCUCCCAAAGAACAACCGUUAUGAAAAUGAAGGUAGUUAGGUCCAUUACAUUUCUUUGAGUGAUCUUCUCCUGUGUUGAAAAAAGUCUUCUGUCAUUUUUUAUUGUUUUUUUUUUUGUUCAAAAGACCGUCUGAUAUGAGUUGGGUAAAGAAGCUGCCACAAGGACCAACGCAUCCUCAGCUUUUACAAUCACUGUGUGCUCUCUGGAGCUUUUAUGUGACUGCUGCAGACUGACACUGACCCCUAGUGUCUGGUCAUUUCAUCAUAUUUUCCUCUACACGUGUGUUCACCAAUAAAACCAACAGCUCUUUUUAAAAGUCAAGAAUUUAUGUUGAUUUGCAUUUGAAUGUUCUGCUCUGACUGCAUCUCUGUAGCUCAUUCAUCAUAUAUUUCUACAGGUGUUCUGUGGUAAGGGCAGGGGGCGUGGCCAGAAGCCAGAAGGCUACAAAUACAUGACAAAUGAUUCUAAGAGAGCUUCAUGUAACUGUUCCCAAAGGUUUCUGCAGUGUUUGUCAAAGCUUAGUUCCCAGAGUCAUCACCAUUUGCUUUUCAUCUUUGUAUAUAAUGUGAAUCACAGCCAGUGCGCUGCUGCCUGCGCUUCUUCCACAUUUACAUGUCAAACAAUUGUGAUGUUUGCACAGCUUGCAACAAAUGACAUUUAUAUGUAAGGACGGCUGAAAUAUUUUAGCAUUGUCGAUGUGCAGCUGAGACCUUUGGUGAUUUGAUGCUCAAACCACCAAAAGGGGGAAACAAUGCCAUGUCUGUGAGAGCAGUAACAACAUGCAGCUGCACUGAAGCCUGUGCCAAUGGAACAAAUGUUCUUUACACUUAACCGUUUGCUUGCUUUUGUUUCCUUUGUAAUGUUACUUUGCUUAACCACUAAUGAUUUCAUUAAAAUGCUAUUUGGUUCACA